GUCUUCUGACAUUGCAUCAAGCGCAGUACGGUCCGUCAGAGCGAGCAACAUGCCAGCCAUUCGAGGUACCGGCAAGAAUCGCAAGCCUCCGCCGGACGGCUUCGACGACAUCGAAGACACCUUGCUUGAGUUCUCCAACAAGAUGAAGGAUGCGGAAAAUGCAAGUCACGAGGGCAAGAAAAAGCACGAGAUGCAGUGGCCGAUUUUCCAGAUAACGCAUCAGCGCUCAAGAUACAUCUAUGACCUCUAUUACGAGAAGGAAGCCAUCUCCAAGCAGCUGUACGACUGGCUGCUGAAGAAUGGCUACGCGGACGCCAAUUUGAUCGCCAAAUGGAAGAAACAGGGAUAUGAGAAGCUAUGCUGCCUACGCUGUAUCCAGACCAAGGAGACGAACUUCAACAGCACUUGCAUUUGUCGCGUACCACGUGCGCAGCUCAAAGAGGACCAGGAGAUUCAGUGUGUGAGUUGUGGGUGUCGAGGCUGCUCAAGUGGCGAUUGAUGAGUCCUGAAGCGAGGAAGAGCAAGUAUCUAGGGGCCAUCUUGUGCCGUACGAUACGAUACUCGACUCGGCUUUAUCGGGCUGCAUACAGCUCGUUUGAUGCUUUGCGCUAGCAUGCCGUAAUGCGUUGGGAUGGCGGCUUCACUUGGUUCGCUAGUUCCCACGAACGCAGUCAAUCAUAUAUCAUAUGUACUGCCAAUGUCCUCACGAAGCAACUUCUGUUGGCGUACAUCCAAGGUCACUUAAGCACAGCCGUACGAUCA